AUGUUGACUCACGAAAGAGAAGAUUUGCUGUGCCAUCCCCUUUGCCAGAGUAAUUUGGCCAACAAAUGGUCAGUAUAUUAAAUAGCAAUAGUCAGUAACUUAAAGAAAGCUGACCAAUAGUCAGUAUCUUAAAGAACGCUGACCACUGGUCAGUAUCUUAAAUAAAAAUGGCCAGUAUCUUAAAGAUAGCUGUCCAAUGGUCAGUAUCUUAAAGGAAGCUGACCAAUGGUCAGUACCUUAAAGAAAGCUGUCCUGUGGACAGUAUCUUUAAAAAAUGAUUGCAAUUGCCAAUAUUUGAAACAUCCAAUGAGCACACACAUCUAAUCAAGCACAGACAUCAAAAAGCAAACUUUAAAAUUUAAAUAACAUCUCAACAUCCAGCUAAAAAAUAAGGAGGUACGAUAAAGGACCAUUUAAAUGGGUUAUAUUUUACUAGUCAGUUUGAUGUUAUCAACGACCUUUUACAAUAAAACAAAAUAUUCUAUUAUCUAUAUAUCGUUAUAUUUUGUGUUAUAAUAAUGUACAUCACAGCUUAUUUAGAGCAGACAAUAUUAUUUUUAUUGAAGUGUGUUUGAAUUCUAUUUGCACGCGGGAAGGAGGUGCCGAAAGGGUGCUUCUUUCGGGGCGAAAGUUUACCUAAGGCCUGCGACGUGCGAAAUGUGUAGGCAAUUCCUUUUUUUUCCAUAGGACGUAUCGAGCGAAAUACAAAUUUCAGACACAAUUCAUUGACCGCAAUCUUGUAAUAUUGUAUCUUGCAGGUUGAAAAAAAAAAUCAAAUUAUAAAAGAACCAUACAACAAACAUCUUAUACCUUCCUAAAUUGACCUGAAAUAAAUUUAGACAUUAACCACUAGUCUCGUCCAUAUAUCCCCCAAGGUUUCAGCUACCUUGUGUCCUUUAAACACAAAAAAAAUCUUAAUAUAUUAUAUGUAAUUACAAUUUUAUAUUUUUUAAUAUAAAUUAUCUUUAAUUUAAAUUUGUAAAUAUAUACUAUUUAUUUUUGUUUAGGUGAUUUCUGUCACUAGGUAUAACCCCUGAUUUCUGUCACUAGGGAUAACCCUUGAUUUCUGUCACUAGGUAUAACCCCUGAUUUCUGUCACUAGGGAUAACCCCUGAUUUCUGUCACUAGGGCUAACCCCUGAUCUCUGUCACUAGGGAUAACCCCUGAUUUCUGUCACUAGGGAUAAGCCCUGAUUGCUGUCACUAGGUAUAACCCCUGAUUUCUGUCACUAAUCACACAGGAGGAACUACGGGCGUUUGAUAUUCUGUGUAGACUUUUGUCUCCAGUUUGGCGUGGCCUUGAUGAUAAUGGUGUACAUCUAUGUGAUGCCCAAACCCAACCAACCUAACUACGCAUGUCGAGGCGAGGAGGGAAACGGACCUCUUUACUUGAAUGACAGCUACAGUGCCGUAAGUGGUCACAGACAGGCAUAGUUACUCUAUGACCUCAUAGCAGCAGCACCAUAGUUUGAAUAAACCUCCAGGGUACUUUGCCAUAACGGUUUAUGCACUAUUAAAACUCAAGUCAUUUAAGUUAACUCUAGCUACUACCAAAGUCAUUUAAGUUAACUCUAGCUGCUACCAAAGUCAUUUAAGUUAACUCUAGCUGCUACCAAAGUCAUUUAAGUUAACUCUAACUGCUACCAAAGUCAUUUAAGUUAACUCUAGCUGCUACCGAAGUCAUUUAAGUUAACUCUAGCUACUACCAAAGUCAUUUAAGUUAACUCUAGCUGCUACCAAAGUCAUUUAAGUUAACUCUAGCUGCUACCAAAGUCAUUUAAGUUAACUCUAGCUGCUACCAAAGUCAUUUAAGUUAACUCUAGCUGCUACCAAAGUCAUUUAAGUUAACUCUAGCUGCUACCAAAGUCAUUUAAGUUAACUCUAGCUGCUACCAAAGUCAUUUAAGUUAACUCUAGCUGCUACCAAAGUCAUUUAAGUUAACUCUAGCUGCUACCAAAGUCAUUUAAGUUAACUCUAGCUGCUACCAAAGUCAUUUAAGUUAACUCUAGCUGCUACCAAAGUCAUUUAAGUUAACUCUAGCUACUACCAAAGUCAUUUAAGUUAACUCUAGCUGCUACCAAAGUCAUUUAAGUUAACUCUAGCUGCUACCAAAGUCAUUUAAGUUAACUCUAGCUACUACAAAAGUCAUUUAAGUUAACUCUAGCUGCUACCAAAGUCAUUUAAGUUAACUCUAGCUACUACCAAAGUCAUUUAAGUUAACUCUAGCUGCUACCAAAGUUAUUUAAGUUAACUCUAGCUACUACCAAAGUCAUUUAAGUUAACUCUAGCUGCUACCAAAGUUAUUUAAUUCAACUCUUCAACUCUAGGUGCUACAAAAGUCAUUUAAGUCAACUCUAGCUACUACCAAGGUCAUUUAAGUCAAUUCUAGCUACUUCUAUUGUCCAUCUCUCACUGAUGACUUCUUCUAACCUUUCCCCAGAACUCUACUGUCGGCAGGCCAGCAUUUCGUCACAGAUACAUGCACAUCAUCCAGUAUGUGCUGUAUGGUUUCGCUGCGACGCUCAUUUGCAAGAGACUCAUGCAUGCCAUCUCAGUGGUAAGAAUACAACGUGGGAAAAGUAUCUCUCUUUUUUUAAAGGUCUUAAAGUGUCUACAACUGUAACUGUAACAGGAGAGGUUCUCACUGUGAAUCAACUCAUCUGACUUUGGGGUCUCUUAACAUUCAUGUGAAUUAAUUUCUUGCCAAAGCCGAGUGUUGAAGAAGUAAAUCUCUAACGUGAUCCCAGUAAGGCAACCACAGAAAGGCAACUCCACUGAGACAGCCCCAAUAAAAACAACCCUAAUAAGGCUACCCCAGUAAGGCAACUCCAGUAAGGCAACCCCAGUAAGGCAACUCCAGUAAGGCAACCCCAGUAAGGAAACCUCAGCAAGACAACCGCAGUCAGGCAGCUCCAGUCGGACAACCCCAGUAAGACAAUCCCAGUCAGGCAGCUCCAGUCGGACAACCCCAGUAAGACAACCCCAGUAAGACAACCGCAGUCAGGUAUAUAUUCCUGGGGAAACGGAAAAAAGCCAAGCAAAAAUUCUCGAACCUUUGAAGUGGGAAGACUGGGGUCUGGAGAUACAAAAAGUGUUAAGGCUACGGUCGGAAUAAUCCGAAAACUAUUUAAAAUUUCUUGUAAGAGUAAUAAACUAGAAGAAAGUCAGCUCCCUUCAUGUCAUUAACAAAAUGUGUCUUCUAACAGCUUAGUUAUUAUUUUAUCAAUGCGUCUUCUGAAAGCUUGCUGAUCAUUCUAUCAACGUGUCUUCUAACAGCUUAGUUAUCAUUGUUUCAGGGUUGGCGCUUUGCCUUCUCCCCACAACUACUGGCGACAGCGCUGUCAAUGGUUCUCAUCACAUUCGGCACUAUGCCCCCGGGAUUCGAACCCUGUGACAUGCAGUGGAGGACCAUCGUCUACGCCGGCCUGAUGUUUGUGAUCAUGGUUUCAUUCAUUCUAGAAAGGUUGGCAAAAACAAUUUGAUACCAGCAGGUAGUGAGACGUCACCAGACAAUAUAAUAUCAGCAGGUAGUGAGACGUCACCAUCAGGUAGUGAUACGUCACCAUCAGGUAGUGAGACGUCACCAUCAGGUAGUGAGUCGUCACCAUCAGGUAGUGAGUCGUUACCAUCAGGUAGUGAGACGUCACCAGACAAUAUAAUAUCAGCAGGUAGUGAGACGUCACCAUCAGGUAGUGAUACGUCACCAUCAGGUAGUGAUACGUCACCAUCAGGUAGUGAGACGUCACCAUCAGGUAGUGAGUCGUUACCAUCAGGUAGUGAGACGUCACCAGACAAUAUAAUAUCAGCAGGUAGUGAGACGUCACCAUCAGGUUGUGACACGUCUCCAUGAGGUAGUGAAACGUGACCAGACAAUUUAAUAUCAGCUAGUAGUGAGACAUCACCCUAAGGUAGUGAGACGUCACAAUCAGGUAGUGAGACUUCACCGGCAGGUAGUGAGACGUUACCAGACAAUUUAAUACCAGCAGGUAUUGAGACGUCACCAGAAAGUAUAAUAUCAGCUAGUAGUGAGACGUCACCAUCAGGUAGUGAGACGUUACCAUCAGGUAGUGAGACGUUACCAUCAGGUAGUGAGACGUUACCAUCAGGUAGUGAGACGUCACCAUCAGGUAGUCAGACGUCACCAUCAGGUAGUGAGACGUCACCAUCAGGUAGUCAGACGUCACCGUCAGGUAGUGAGACGUCACCAUCAGGUAGUCAGACGUCACCGUCAGGUAGUGAGACGUCACCAUCAGGUAGUCAGACGUCACCGUCAGGUAGUGAGACGUCACCAUCAGGUAGUGAGACGUUACCCUCAGGUAGUGAGACGUCACCAUCAGGUAGUGAGACGUCACCAUCAGGUAGUCAGACGUCACCGUCAGGUUUAUAAGACGUCACCAGUAGGUAGUGUGACGUUAUCAGAAAGUUCGCUUUCUUGCUUAUGCUUACGGUAGAAUCAAAAGAUGUCAUUGUCCUGAUCAAUACAGAAAUACUUGAAAAAUAUCAUGUUUUUUUGAAAUUUUCUUUUUAUUGUCAGUACUUUGUAAUGUAAAGUUAUUGCUGAAAAUUUUUGUUUUUCAGAUUCGAGGGUAUUGGAUUAUAUUUCACAAUGUUUUUUGAGGUGUUCAGGACUAUGAUCAAGGUAAACUAAUUCAUUAAUCUCACCUUAAGACACUAUCAUGGUAACCCGAUUCAUUUAUCUUACCUUAAGGCUAUUUCUAGGUAGCUCAAUUCAUUCAUAAGCUUUAAGAUUUAAUCAAGGUGACCCAAUUCCUUCAGCUUAGUAAAAGCCCUAUGUAAAUUUUUACUGGUUCGCACAAAUUGGCUUCACUUAACAUUCGCCAGUGUUAACAUAUGAAUCAUUAUGAAUCAUACAACCUUGACUAUUUCCAUAAACUCUUAAAAAGAUUUUUAAAAUAACGCCUGAUUUAUUGUAAAAUGAUUUUGGAUAUAGAUAAAGUUAUGUUGUAACAAAUCCACAUAACAGCACAGGACGACCUACACUAUAUGCAUAUGCACUGACAUAUACAUUAUAUGACACAUAACACGGCUUACACUAAAUGACACUGAACACGACACUCUAUGGGUGUUUAUUUGCAGAUAUCGUUCCUAAUGGUGUUCUUCUUGCUGGC